AGUCCUCAAUGGGCUCCCGUCGUCUCCGUUCGUCGCAGCACGCCGGGAAUAUCGACACAGCAGGCUACCUCCAUGACCUGAUGCCGGAGUCCCAGACCGAGUCCCCGCAAGAGCCGUGCGCCACGGAGGUGUCCAGCGACGGCGGCAUCCCCAUCUUCCGCAUGCGCUCCGUGGAGGAGACGGAGGCGGCGCACGACCUGCUGGAGCUGUCGCGCUCCCUGCCGCCCCUGGCGCCGCCGGGGGUGGCCACGUACCAGCCGCCGUCGUCGCCGUCCGACCAGAUCACGCUGCACUACCGCUACGAGCCGCAGGGCCAGGAGGAGGAGGCGGCCGACGGCGCCCCGCACCAGGAGUACACCAACCUGCCGGCGGCGUCCGCGUCGCCGCCGCCCUCGCGGCCCACCAUCAUCUGCUACACGCCGCUGCAGCAGCAGCACCCCGCGCCGCCGUCGCCCAGCCCGCCGCUCACGCCGUCCUACAGCAGCGUGCAGAUCCUGUACCAGCCGCCGUCGCCGGCCUCGUCGUCAUGCUACACGUCGCCGACGACGCAGCCGCUCACGCCGCCCACGUCCGAGUACUCGUCGGACGCCGAGAACAACAACCCCAACGCCAACGGCACGUCCGUCAUCCAGACGGCGUCGUCGGGCAGGGUGGCCGCGGCCGAGGAGCACGCCGACGACGACGCCGCCAAGGACGACGAGGACAACCCCCGCGGCAUGGACUGGAAGGUGGAGCUGCUGCCCGUCAACUGCAACGUGGUGAUGCCCAAGGCGGGGCAGCCGCGCGCCAUCUACACGUACGACGCGCUGCGCAGCACGGACGGCCGCAGCAAGCGCACCAACCGCAAGAAGAAGACGGUGGUCUCGGACGACGAGGAGGACAACCAGCCCCUGAAGAAGGGGCGCUACGUGUGCGGCGAGUGCGGCAAGCGGUACGCCACGUCCUCCAACCUGUCGCGGCACAAGCAGACGCACCGCAGCCUGGACUCGGGCUCGGCGCGCCAGUGCAACGUGUGCGGCAAGGCGUACGUCAGCAUGCCCGCGCUGGCCAUGCACGUGCUCACGCACCAGCUGACGCACGCGUGCGGCGUGUGCGGCAAGCUCUUCUCGCGGCCCUGGCUGCUGCAGGGCCACCUGCGCUCGCACACGGGCGAGAAACCGUACGGCUGCGCGCACUGCGGCAAGGCCUUCGCCGACCGCUCCAACCUGCGCGCCCACAUGCAGACCCACUCGCAGGACAAGUCCUACUCCUGCCACCGCUGCCACAAGAGCUUCGCGCUCAAGAGCUACCUCAACAAGCACCUCGAGUCGUCGUGCUCCAAAGACGACGACGACGAGAGCGACACCAGUCGGCCCAUCUCGCCGAUCUAAGCUGUAGUGUUUGCCUGCGCCUUAGACUCUCUUUAAUACUCUAUUCUAUUCAUUCAGCUUUCUACUUACCGUUUUUUCCAAUUUUCCCUUUUUUGACCCUCUUUCAUAGUGUACUUCUCUGCCAGUGCUCUGCCUCCCUCCCUUCCUGAAGCUCUGUGCGUGUAUCUCCUGACCUCUUCGUGCCUAGAAACUGCUUGUCAAUUUCCUUCACGCUUUCUUCAGCGUGUCAAGUGCAGCAAAUUGAAAAAGGCCUAAAAGAGGAACCCAAUAACUGACUGAUUCUAAUGGACACGGUAUCGUCUGCCGAAUUCAGCCAAUCCGACACGACGGGCUUGGCCGGCUCGGCCCACCCACCCCAGUGCUGUGACAUAAACUAGUCUAUUUGUGCACGCUCUCUGGGCUACCUGAGCGUUGCCGCUUGCGGGCAGCCAGAAGAAGUGUUCAUCGCUUUAUUUAUUUUUACAUGAAGUAGUCUUAUUGGAAAGUAGUGCAAUUUGAUGAGAUUUUUAGCUGUACUUAAUAAGUAAUUAGGUAUGUCGUAUUUAUUACCUGUUUGUUCCCCCUUUUUUAACGUGCUGACUCAUGAUUGGAAGGCAGAUGAGACUUGCGCUACAAGAACCAAUGCAGUAGCAAAACGUCCUGUCUGAACAAAACAGAUCGCCAACUGGUACUCUGAUGGCUACACAAUAUGUGAUAUGUAGCUAGUCAUUUUACGUGUAUAUAAUACUAUAAUAUGUGCUCUUGGAUUUCUAUAGUCAAACCAAUAUAUAAAUCAUGAUUCCAAACCUUUAGCACUCAACUUAAAUUCUCCCACGGGAUGUGUUAAGUAACGGAGCAAUCAAGACAGUACCAUGUGGCGAUAUGUUGCAAGAAGACUAUAAGAUAAUGGUUCUCAAUCUAUUCACAAAUUGCAUUUAUUUGCUUUCAAGCAGUCAUUUUAGCGUUACUUCCAUAUUUUUACCUAUCCAAUUAUGUAACACAGCUAUUAGAAGCGCUUCAUGCAGACGCUUCAUUGUGCAUACAUUUGUAAAAAAGUACAUUACAAUACAGAUGACAUUUUUACCCAGAUCAGACAUGGGCUUGGCUCAUUGGAACGUCAUGGAUAAGCGUAAUCUCAUGAACAAACGUUCUUUUGUUUUGUUUUUUUAACUUGCAAACUAAUAGUGCUGAAAAAGUUCGCAUCUUUUAUCUCUUCUUUUAGCUCUUGAUUAGAUUUAGAUACAACUUAAUAAAAAAAAUAGCCGACACAGGUUCUGCUCAAUUUAGCCAUAGGCUUUUGUGUAAUUUGGCCACAUCAUUACUGGUCUAAGAAAAUGUAUAAGAAUAUCGAUAAAUUCAGUUUUUUUUUCAUUUGUAAUUGAACAGAUUACGAUGCUAUUGCCUGUAAAUAACAACAUAUUUUGAAGUUAACUUGGUAAGAAAUUUUCUUUGUGCAUGAGGUGGUUUGAUAAAAAAAUACAGUAAUAGGGUAGAAAGCUACUGUGGACGCAAGCAGUAGUUUGGAUCGGAAAGGUUGUAAGGUCAAAGUUUGAUAAGUGGGAUCUUCGCCAGCUUAACAAGGUAAACAAAUUAAAAUCGUCCGAAAUAAUUGCUUUUCGCCCUGUUGCUCGUACUUUUCGUAAAGUAUAGUCUCCCACCUGGUACGUUUAAGGCUCAUUUAAAUCGGAACGAAAGCAAUACUCUUUUUGAGAAUUUUAUUUGUAAGUGAUUCGUAAUUUUUUAUGUUCAAUUUGAUACUUUAUUAGGAACGAAUUUGGAAAUAACUCAAAAGUCACAUUGCCUGUAGACCCGUCUCAUGUUUACCGGGGUCGUUCUUGUUUAUGAAAUACAUAUAGGGCAUGCAUGAGUUGGAAUGCGUAGGUAGUCUUUGAUAUUAAGUUUUCACAUACGUAAAAGUUUUGUUACCUGAUGAUUUAAAAAGCAAUACCUAGAAAAUUGAGAAAUAAAUCGAUUUAGUCCUGAGUUAUUAACUAUUCUCGGAAAGAUAAAGCAGUUUUAGUGCGUCUGUGCGCUGUCUGUUCUGUUUCAAGAACUCUAGCAAUAAUUUUAAAACGAACGAAAGCGUGGCGCAGUCGUCAAGAACCGAUGUGAUUUUCAGGCCAUAAGACUGGAAACAUCUCAAAAUCGGCAUAAUUUAUGGCAUCCAUAGCUAGAACUAAAAACAGCUGAUGCCCUUUUCACAAUAUCAUCCAAAAGCCAUACUUGUUUUCCUAUUUCAAAGUUGUUUUAAUUGUGAAUCUUAUAAUUUACUAGGAUUUUCGUCAUCUCAAUUUUAUUGGCUCAACAGUGCAUGAUGAAUAGGCAACUUAGCUGAUGGUUGUGCGUUCGUGGAACGCGGUUUGGGAUAUUUAAGUCGGUUCAUGUCGUUCAAACUGUGUGUGAACAUCUUAUAAGACGUGUACCACUUGUCGAAACAAGUCAAUUUUUAAUGUUCAAUUGUAAAGUGCUGUAUGGGGAUCAUUAAAUUACCUCGUUUAAAUAUAGCACUCGUGAUUAUAUUCACAGUGGGUCUGUUCCCUACAGUCGAUAUUGUACUUACUUUUGUGUAACGAUAUCCAUGUUUGAGUAGGUUUUGUAUUUUACACAUAAAACUAGUAAAACUCUAGCAGAAAAUUAAUACCAGCAUUUUGACGUUGCGUUCCACUCAUUUGUCUUAGAGUCUUGUUUUUGAAACUCGGAUUGACAUAACAUCCUUUGUGAAUCUACUUUCAGUGAAUGGAACACUGCAGCAAUGCAUGUGUUGUGGAUCAGAACAGCCUGUGGAAUGUUGUUUCUCUACGGUGGCCCACAUGGUGUUGGCUUUGGUGAGGUUAUUUUUAUACGAGUUGUAUGUAGAGAAACAUUUUAGGACGAAUGCAUUUGAAAGUAAUCUUAUUAUCUUAUUAAAUAGUUCAAAUUGUACUGGUAACAGUA